AGGGGGUUAUAAUAGAGGUAGUGAUAGAGAAGCGUACAGAGGGAGUGAUAGUGAGAGAUAAACAAUGUGUCAGGGUGACAAAACAUCGAGUUACAUCUCACACAUUUAAACUAAACAGCAGACCACAACAACGCGGUCACUUUUUCUGACUACUCCGGUUCCACCUGAUUAUUAAGUAACUUAUUAAUUAAUAUAAUAUAAUUUUGGUCAGUGAUUAUUAUAAUUAAUAAUUAUUGAAAAGAAUUUUAUUAUUAUUAUCAUUAUCAUCAUCAUUAUUAUUAUUAUUAAUAAUAAUAUUGUCAUUAUUAAUAUCAUUUCUGUCGUCGUUGUAGACUCUCAGAAGCGUAUGACAAACAGAACAAUUACAACCGCAACAACAACAUAGACCAGACAAGACAAAACUAUUUAGUGUGUCUGGAUGUCGCUGUUUAUUUGCAGACCAUGUCAUCGCUGCUUCUCAUCGUAAUAUCAACAGUAACAACGAUUACUUCCACAACUACGAGUAAUACGACUACUACUACUACGACAGGUACACUGACACCACCUUUAUCAUCACAACAACCACCCGGAUAAGGUGGCUAAACAUCUUCAAAUCACAUCAGCACUAAUACCACCAAACACCACUGAUCACUUCAGUGGUUUACUUAAUCGGGACCUUUUUGACCGGUGAAACACAUCGUAACCCCCUCUCUACUUGUCAAUUUUCAAGUGAAAUACAUAAAUAAUAUCGCUCACACUCCUAAAAUCCCUUAACGGAAAUAACGUAAACAUUUAUAUAUUUAUAUAUACACACACACUCAGACACAUAUAUUUAUAUAUUUAUACAUUUACCUACGAUAAUUGUUUGUAUCCAUCUGUGUGUUACACGUAUACCUAAAACAAAUUGUGUAAAAAUACAUUUUAAGUGAAUAACAUUUAAACCAACUCGUGUUUAUUUUUUAAAAAACACGUACUUUUUCUAAACUUUUUCUAAAAAAAAAAUGAUCAUGGACAGUUCGGAAUAUUUAAUCGAAGACAUGGCUAGACAAGGAUCGAACGGAGUCAAAUUGGAACUUAACGACAGAUAUUCCUUCAGUGAAAGAAUGGUCCGAAAACACAAAUGUUCCAGCCCUUUAAAUUUUGCUACAUCCGUUGAAGAUUAUGAGAUGCAUGGGCCUCCAACCAAAAAGCCAAAGACUCCACGGGACCCAAUGUCUCAUCGGAUUAUAGAGAAGAGACGUCGUGAUCGUAUGAACAAUUGUCUCGCUGACCUCAGCCGUCUUAUUCCAGCCAACUAUAUGAAACAGGGCCAAGGUCGUAUUGAAAAGACUGAAAUUAUUGAGAUGGCCAUCCGACAUAUCAAACAUUUGCAAAACAUUCACAGAUCUCUGGUAAACCAGGGACAAUGUUGUGCAGAGAAAUUCUAUCUUGGUUUCAAGGAAUGUGAAGCUGAGACAAUCCGCUACUUUGUAGAAUGUGAAGGUCUAGACAACAAAGACCAGUUCUUCAUGAGAGUUAUCAGCCAUCUGGAAGCUGUCAGUAAAAAACAUCUUGCUACAGGAACACAAAACUGUACUGACUUCCCAAAAGAAGAACCCAGUUCCGGAGACAAAGCCAACAUAUCGUGUUCAUCACUAAAUGCCGAAUGUGAUAACAAAAUGAAGAGCAAUGACAGAACACUACAGACAGUUCCGGAAAUACUUGCCCCUUCACAUGACUCAAUCAAUUCAGCAGCAAGUAAACAACUUCGGUCUCUGUUGUCUCAAGGAAAUGCUGGCUUUGAGCAACCUGACAGUGGUAAUGCUAGCUGUGCCGAUUCUCUGGGAAUGUUUUCAAGCAGUGAAUCUAGUAUCUCUGGAAACAAUGCUGAUGAGGUCAACAUGAACAUGAACAAUGGUGAAGGAGACAUGCAUUACCAUGGAAAUGUUGGUUCUGAGAAUGGAUCUUCGAGUGGAAGCAGCAAAGAAAAUAAGUUUACCAAUUACAAGUUUAAGCAUGACAUCACAAAGCGUUUCUCGGAAGAGGAGAAGUACAGCGUCGAUAUCUCGGCUUCGUUGACUCAAGAGAAUAUCAUAGAAUACCAAGAGAACCAUAACUAUGACAAACUUGGAUAUGAAAAACACAGCAAAGAUAAGCAUGGAUAUGAUAAACAUGGUCAUGAUAAACAUGAUAAACAUGGUCAUGAUAAACAUGAUAAACAUGGUCAUGAUAAACACAGUCAUGAUAAACACGAUAAACAUGGUCAUGAUAAACAUGGUCACGAUAAACACAGCCAUGAGAAACAUGGAUAUGAUAAACAUGAAAAGCAUGGAUAUGAUAAACAUGGUUUUGAAAAACACGAGAAGUUAUCGAGUAAACUAAAACGGAAAAUUGUGCGUUCCAUGUCACCAAGUUCUUGUUCUGAUUCCACUGCAUAUCCAACUUCAGAACACAGCUCAAACGGUGCCAGUAAUAAUGUUUCUACAAUGCUUUGCCAUUCUCCUGAAGACGAAACGGUCAACAAUGGCGUUCACCUACCAGCUUUUGUACUGCAUCCCCAGGGCACGCAUUACCUUCCUCUCACAAUCCAGCAGUCGUGUUUCCAGAACAGUCUGCAACAAGUGGAACGGACGCAGCAGCCCAUUGUAUUCCAUCCUAUUAGUAUCCUCGUCAAUUUUGCAACACCUGGUCUUGUCAUCCAGAAUGCCGAGUCGUUUGUUAAUAAUGCUGCCUUGGAUGUUACAUUUUCUUCGUCGUCUUCUUCAUCUACUUCGGCUUCAGCUGCUGCUGCUGCCAAUGCCGCUGCCGACGCCACUGCCGAUGCUACCACUUCCGCUGGUGCUCCGCUGGCAGAGAAUGGCAAUUCCAACAACGCCCGCAGCAUAACUCUUGUUAACAGCAACAACAACAAUAACAAUAAUAAUUGCCCAAGCCCUGUGAUCAACAAGCCCUCCCUCUCUCACAACUGCACUACAAUAACUUCUCCCUACAAUCUCAGUCCGGCGAAUUCGUGCCACAGUGUUGGUAGCAAUAAUAGUAGUACUAGUAGUAGUGGUAGUAGUAGCAGUAGUGUUACUGCUGUUAACAACAACAACAAUAACAACAACAACAGCACUGUCAACACUACCGCCACCAUACCACUCAAUGCCAUCCAAGCUAACAACCACAUGUCGCCUGUAAAACAUGGCAAUAAUACUGACCACAUGAACUCUGGUCCUGUUGUGGUCAACAGUGCAACGUCUUUGCCGCAGACGUCGUCACCACCUGCAGCCACACCUACUGUAACAACGGCAACGGCGCUACUGCAGACACCAACUGGUGCUUUGAUUACGCAAAGCAUACUGCACCAACAACAACAACAACAACAGCAACAACAACAACAACAGCCACCAUUACAACCACAACACCUACCAAUCCAUCAGACGCACUUACCUCAUAUCCACCCACAUCAACCACCCCCACCACAG